AUUUGCAUCCUGUAUACAAUGAAGGAAGAAAUGAUUUUGAAGCUUCUUAAAAAAUUAACAUUUCUCUUCAUGACUGUGUUUGGCAUUCUGGGGAACAUGUCUGUUUCUGUGAAUUAUAUGUUCAGUUGGUGGGGAAGCCCCGAGAAAAAACACAUACAUCUUAUUCUUAUCCACUUGAUUUUUACAAAUAUAAUAAUCCUUCUUGUAAAAGGAUUGCCUAAGACAAUAGCAGCUUUUGGUUUGAGUAAUUUCUUGGAUGACAUAGGCUGUAAGAUCAUUGCUUAUCUGGAAAGGGUGGCCCGUGGUCUCUCCAUCUGCACCAGCAGUCUCCUCACUGUGGUCCAGGCCAUCAUCAUCAGUCCCAGAGCAUCUGGCUGGAGGAGGCUCAGGCCAAAGUCUGCAUGGCACAUCCUUCCAUUCUUCCUAUUCUUUUGGAUAUUCAAUGCUUUAAUAAGUAUGAACCUAAUCCAUUCUACCACAAAUAGAAGACUUAAUGUAUCACAACCUAAAAGUUAUAUCACUUAUUGUUAUUUUAUACAACCAAGUCAAAAUAUAAAAUGGAUUGUUCUCCCUCUCAUGGUCCUGAGAGAUGCAGUUUUUCAGGGUGCCAUGGGAGGGGCCAGUGGCUACAUGAUAUUUCUUCUCCACAAGCAUCACCAGCAUGUCCUCUACCUUCAGAACUCCAAGCUUCUCUACAGAACUCCCCCUGAGCUGAGAGCUGCCCAAAGUGUCCUCCUUUUGAUGCUCUGCUUUGUUUUCUUUUACUGGGCAGAUUGUGCUAUUUCUCUAUUUCUAACUCUCUCUUCAAAUAACAAUAUCUUGAUGAUAAAUACUCGAGAAUUUAUGACUAUUGGUUAUGCAACUUUUAGCCCUUUUGUGCUGAUUCACAGGGAUGGGCUUUGGUUGAGUGUUGGCAUGCUCAGUGGAAGAAACUUAGAAAAUGUCUCUCUCAUUUAUCUUUUUAAUAAAUGUGAAAGACCCGCCACUUCUGCAAUAUUGUGGGUAACAUCCAUUGCUCAUGUUAUCCUCAUAGCUCUUAUGUUAAAGCCCUUUGCUAAGUCUGACAUAAAGAACCAGACAAACACUUUCUAA